GGUAUGACUAAUACAGUCAAACAGCUUGUAUUUCAGUGCACUUUKUAAGUAUUUUCCAAGUGUGUUCACUGGUUCAGGGCUAAAUAAAUAGAUGGGAGAGUUGGAGUGGAAUCAUCCCAGGUGUCAUUAUGUAGCUGCCUAGUCUGCCAACAUGCUUUUAACUUUGUGACGUAGCGGUGAACCAGGAGUCACUGUAUUGUGGGCUGUCCCUGUGAUAUAUGUGACAAUUUCAGUAGUUUUUAUGUUUGCAGUUACCACAAGUGUGGAAAUUACGCAUUUAUGCAUUUUCAUUUGUGGAAGUAUUUAUUAAGGAAAAGAUUAUGGCACAGGCUCAGGGUUUGGGGAAGAAAURCAUAAAAGCCUUUWUAAAAGGUUUCUUUGUUGCUGUUCCUGUAACUGUGACUUUCCUGGACAGAGUUGCUUGUGUUGCAAGGGUGGAAGGAGCAUCAAUGCAGGUAUUGCUGGAAAUAUAUUUUGUCUGUCAGGAAAUUAAAAGGUGGCUCCCUACUGAUAAUAGCAAGGUGAAAAAAAAUCUUCAUCUCAGUUAUUAUUAAAUGACAACAUUCUAGUAUGGAGUAUUUUAAUUUCUACUUUGUUAAAUAUUUUGUGAUGUGAAAGAAAAGAGUUUGAGAACAGAACUUCCCAAAAUUGUGUGUCAGUAAAAGAAAAAUGUAUGGAGAAAUAGUGAUAAAAUUAGAUUGUUUUGAUUUUUGUCUUCCAAAAAUAUUUCCAUUUAGAAAUAUUUGGAGCAAAACCUUUUCGUCUCUUGAGGUUGAAUUGCUGACUCACAAAGAGGCUUUAUUAAUUUUUAGUUGCUAUAUUAUAAUAACUAUAAGGCAAAACUUUUUUGCUAUACUUGCACAUGGCACCAUUGCAGGGAAUAAUACUGAAAGUGGCAUGAGCCUAAUAUUAUUACUUGCGUUUAUCAGGAAAUAAGUAUCAGUUCACUGUUUUUACAUGGGUUAUACUGAAUGUUUGUGCAGCGUAAGCAAAUAAAUAAAAAUAACAUUUAGAUGAUAAAUAAAUGCUUGAGUAUACUACUUUGUUUUCUSUGUUCAUUUGGUCUUGAAAAAGAUAUAUUUUAAUGUAGUUACAAAUUUCUGUAUUGUURCUUUGCUUUUUAAAUCAUAUGCACUGCACAUUGCUAUGUAUCACCACUGGUAACUAUGAUGUAUUCUUUUCCAAUGUUACAACGUUCCAAUUAGCAGAGAGUAAUGGAUUUGAUUCUUGAAUGUCAAGCUCUCUUUUCUGAUUGUCUUAAUAAGCUCAGAACCUUGAAGAGAGGUUUCACAGCAAUCAAGACCAGCYGCUGGAGUUUGAGUUAYGCAGAAUUUAAACAUGGUCUAUCUAGAARGCUUGGGCUUGAUCCCACACUUGGCUGAUUUAUGUUUAAUAUUCUGAAAGACAUGUGGUGGGGAGGAGGGAAUGGCAAGGUGGCAUUGUGUGUUUUGUGCCGGUAUGUAMUCUGAUGUUUAAACUCUGUCAAGAAACCUCAGCAGGUAGCUCUCAUAUCAGGAACUGGGAUGAAAGUAAAAUCAUCUUUCUCCAGUAAUUCUAAAAUCCAAGAGCAAAAGCUAGGUGUAACAUAAGAUAUCCUUACCCUUUUCACAGAUAUCAUUCUGAAUACCAUUGAUGAGCAGUGAAAGAUAGGAGAAUCUCACRAUUUGCAGUUGCAGACCCCAAAAUUUGCACUAAAAAGAAGGAGAGGGGGGAAAACUAGGAAAAUCCAGUUUUGUUAUCUUUUUGCUAUCUUCAGACAGGAGAGAUCCAAAUAUAUAACACAGCAUCUAGAGAAGUACAAAA